GUUGCAGUUCUCAUUGCGUAGCAGCAACAGCUUACUGUUUACUCUAUUUUUAUCGGAAAAAAUAUUAAUAUUUGCCCAAUUUCAUUAAAAGUCCAAAGGCAUUCUUGGCAUUAUAAUAAAUACAAGAAUAAAAUCAAAAUGAUUUUAUUCUUGUUGGGAACGCUUGCUGUUGUCGCUUUGUUUUUUAAGUUCUGUAGUAUUAAAUUAACUUUCAGCAUUAGAAACUUUUUCUCCAGGACCGUGCCACCGUUAAGUCUAUUACCCACGGAGACAGAGAUUCUCUUGGAGAAGCCAAAGCCUGUUUUGAAUCGUACGCAGGACCCAGACUCUCUGCUUUUCUUCGGAGCCAGUAAGACUGGAGUGAAAAUAUUUGCAGAAAUCAAAAGGAGACAAUUUAAUUCUGCUGCAAUUGAUUUUGUGUUAACACUGAGUGAUGGCACGACUCUAGAAAGCUGUGAUUCUGCUUCAUGCCUUCUCUAUUGUCAAAACUGGUCAACUAAUUUUCUAACAUUCGAAGUAGUAGAGUCCAUGAAAACUUGGCGCAUAGUAUACAAUGGGAAUUUGAAAAAUAAUCAGAUCAGCCCCGCAAGUUCUCAUCAUGUCAAGAUAAAUUUACUGUGGCAUGCAAUGAGCGUUCCUGUAUUCUUUCGAGGUAAUACAUUCGACCCAGAGUAUAAUGUUUCUUCCAAAAGUGAAACAACACUGAGAGAAGAAUUUUCAGGAUAUGAACAAUGGGGCACAAUGGUUGGAAUUAUUCAGUCAAAAAUGUCAGAUGGAAAAUACUUGGAAGAAGAGAUUCGACUCCAAAGUUUCAGGCGAAGAAGUUGGCGCACAGUGGAUCACAGCAAGCAACUUAUUCUAAUUGAUGAGAUAGGCAACAAAUUUUCAUUUUUCCUGACGACCGGUUUGUUAAGAAAAAACAAAUCCGAUGUAUGUGGUCACAUUCAAAGAACAAUCCGAGUCCAGGAGUACAUUAAGCUGUCAGUCUUAAAUUACCAAGAGAGUGGUGCCUUCAAAAAACUAACUUUUUCUGAUAGUCGUAAUAAUUACAGUUUUAUCAUUAAAGUGGCUAAUUAUACAAGAGAUUCUAUUCAAUUUGCAAGUUGGCAUUCUGCUUCAGAGAAAGGAGUUGGUUUCCAAAUAACACCCUCACUGUGUGAACCAGACUUAAUUCCAGAUUUAUCAUCACUUUUAAGAGUAUAUGCCACAGAAUGCAUUUCAAAUUCGACGGAUCUAGCCGUACUUCCGCUGAGCUCAGCAGAGUGUUGUCAAGUUGCCAUAGUUGGUGGCAAAGCUGCCUCUCUGGCCUACAUGCAAAUUGGAAAGAAACUUAAUUUCAUAAAAAAUGCACUUAUUCCACCUGGAAUAUGCUUAACUACUUCGACUUUAGAGCAGCACUUGGAAAUCCACCAAAAUUUGAAAAAUGCCGUCUAUGCUCUGAAAGAUCUUGGUCCUGAUGUAUCAGACGCUGUCGUACAAGAGAAAUGUGAAAGAAUCACUUCCAUCUGGGCAUCAACGCCUAUUUCAGCUGAGUUAUCUGAAAUUCUGAAUAGAUUUUUACAACCGGAAACUCGCUAUGCUGUAAGAUCCUCAGGAAUUCAUGAAGAUGGAGAGAACAUCUCUGCGGCAGGACAGAACGAAACCUUUUUGAAUGUCUCAGGCGUAUCUGAAAUAUCUGAGGCUGUCAAGAACUGUUGGGCGUCUUUAUUCUCAUUCAGAUCACUGAAGUAUAGGAGACAACAUGGUUUGCCUGUCGUCACUUCUAUGGGUGUCAUUAUUCAAGAAAUGGCUCCGGCUGAUGCAGCAGGAGUGAUGUUUUCUCGCGAUCCUGUUUCGGGUGACCCCUCUCUUAUCGUAAUCAAUGCCACCAGAGGAUUGGGUGAUGCUGUUGUCUCUGGCACGGUAAAUCCAGACUAUAUUACUGUUCAUCGAGAUGGAGGCUCUAAGUUCUCAAUAAUAGAUCAAAAAGCUGGGAACAGAGAUUCCAAUCCAUUGUGUUUAACAUCAGCUCAAAUUAUGGAGCUAUCAAAGGUGUGUAUGGAUGUCGAAAGAAUCUUUGGUUUCUCUUGUGAUAUCGAGUGGGCAGUAGCUAAAGACAAAAUCUAUCUUCUUCAAGCAAGGCCGAUUACCUCUACUCUGGUCUGGAGUGAUUUUGAAAUCAUUCAUGAGUUUGAUACUUCAUUCACCGAAGAUGACGUGCAAAGCACAUAUAAUGUUGGAGAAAUAUUUCCAUCCGCCACAACACCUUUGACUAUGACAACUUUUGGACUAUGGAUAAACAUCGUGCAUCACGAGCAUUCAUCGCUGAAACGGAUCAACGAAGUUUUGUACCGUUAUGUUCCAUGUGGCAUAACGUUCUCCCACCAGAGACUCCUUUUUGACAUCCAGUGGUUGCUGUUGCGAGAAUUCCCCAAAGAAGUUAAUCGGAUACACUUGAUAGCACAGCUGAUAUUUGCUGGGAAGAUCUUUGCCAAUGAAGAAAUUUACACUCUCGCAUUCAGAAGAUUCCGCUCCGAGAAAUACUUACCAAAACUCCUCUUUGGUCUUGCUUAUUUCAAAAUGGUUCUAUCACAACUGUGGAACUCAGUUUUCUUGAGUUUUUUUGGAACUUUAAGAAGGGAUCACAUGCAAAAUUUUGAAGUCGUCAGCUCUGGAGAAGCUUUUGCACUCUUACCGGAAGCUUAUGAGCAUUAUGAAAAGGCAUUGAUGCAACACAUACAAGUCAGCGCCUUCACUGGCCUCAUGGAAACUAUAACAGUUGCAGUUUUAACUGAGAAUGAAAACGAUUUCACCAACGAUACUUUUUCAGAUAUGUCUCUCUUAAUGACCACCAUUAACAAAGAUGUGUACUCCAUGAGAAUGCCUCUACUUUUGGAGAAAUUCUGCACUUCAAUGAGGAAAAGCUGUGCUGUGGACCAGUUCUGCAACAUCCCACCAAACAUGGCGCAUCACUUUCUAAAGAAAACCUGUCCCGACGCCCAUUUAAUUCUGGAGGAAUUGAUCAAAGAUUUUGGACACCGAGGAAUAAGCGAGAUGGAGUUGAUGUCUGAUAAUUGGUUGACCAAACCAGACAGCCUGAUUGAACUAUUGCAGCGGUUGGUUAAAAAUGACUCACCCCCGAAAACAAUAGUGGACUCCAACGAAGACUUAUCGUUUAUUAUUCAAAGCUUAAAAACACCUCGUAAGGAUUUCACGAGGAAACUUUUGAAAAUUUUGACUCCAAUAGUACGGAAGACAGUUGAACUGCGAGAAUUAUCCAAAAAUGAGUUAGUAGCAACGACGCAUCGGCUGAGAGUCAUUUAUAUUGCCCUCGGCAAUGCUUUGACAAGAGAGGGUCGCAUACCAGAUCCUUCUCUGAUAUAUUUCAUGAGUUUUCCUCAGUUGGCAACAAUCAUGCAUACAACAGACAGCUUGAUAUUGCAAAAAGCACUCCGGCGUAAGAGGUUGUGGCCAACUAUGAAAAGUUUCAUUUUUCCUGACGUUGCAAUCGGAUGGCCUCAGCCAACUGUGCGGAAAGUUAAUUUGGAGCCUGGGACAACGAGUGUGAAGGGGAUGCCAGUCCAUUUAGGAGAGGCCAGUGGCAGAGCAUGCGUGGUUAAGAGUUUGGAUGAUUGCAGCCAAAUUAGAGACGGAGAUAUUUUAGUGACCAACUCAAUUGAUAUUGGAUGGUCUGCCUAUUUUCCCCUCUUGCAAGGGAUCGUUGUCGAGAUGGGUGGCAUAAUCUCCCAUGGAGUUGUAGUUGCAAGGGAAUACGGACUUCCCGCCUUGGUUGAUGCCACGAAUGCUACUGAUAUUUUUAACACAGGUGAUGCCGUUUAUCUUGAUGCAAAAAAUGGUGUGCUGAGCAAAGUCUCCUGCUAGGAAUACAUUUUGGUUCUUCUUGAUCCAAGGCAUGAAGUGAGUUACUCGUGUGUAAACUCCAGGGUACUGGCCUUUCCCGCAGCCAAUUCCCCAACUGACUAUUCCAACCUGUGUCCAUGUGCCGUCUUCAACCAUCAACGGGCCCCCACUGUCACCCUGAACCAAAAAAAAUAUCUAAUGAGUACCAAGAGAGAUCCACCACCAACAGGUAGGAGCAAAAAAUUAUAAUUUUUAGAGGAUAGGAAAGAAGAUUUCAGGGCUUGUUCGUAAAAUAUUUAGCGCUAAAUGACUGGAUUUUUCAACUUCUCCUUGCUCUCUUGAAAGGCUUACGUGAUGAAGGUCCUCAUCCUUUAAUACAUAAAAACAAAAUGGCGCAACACUCUCCUCAACCCCCUCCCUCCUUAGAGCGUCACAUAUUUUAUGAGAAACCCUUUAUCACUCAACACUAAUUUGGAGCGAUUAUUUCUUGAAGGGAUGUUUUCAUUCAGUUCAAUGCAAUUCACAGGCAAAACCAUCUUAUCCGUUUGGGAAAAAAAUUAAAUUGGGAAAGAUUUGUGCAUUUAGAACUUACACUACACGAGUCUUGAGCGGUUUGCCCGGCGCACAACAUUGUAUCAAUGAUUCCACCAGGGGCUGCUGGCCCGUACUUUUCUUUACACUCCUGGUUCGUCCAAACGGGUAUGUUCACCUUCUGCAGUAUGGCCGGUUGAGGACCCACUGAAAUCAUCGAAAAUCAGGUUGAAAUGAGUGCCUUGGAAUAGUCUUUAUUUCAGAUAUAUUAGUUUGUUAUUUCAGUAUCGUUUUAAUUGUCAUGAAUUUCUUCCCUUCAUUUUUCACGACCCCACAUAUUUUCUCACCCAUGUUAUUACGCUAAUGCUGCGACCAAAUAUCUUGAUUUUAAAAGCUUCAUGCCGAAGAGUGUCCAUUUAUUUCCGUUUUAAAUAUAUUAUGAAAUUACUCAGAACUAUUUAGAUAAUUGUACAACUGGGAUGAUAGUAUAAAAAUAUAAUUGUCUGCUUCACUUCCAAAAUGAUCAUACUGAUGUUUUCCCUCUUCCCAUGAAAAUUUAGCAUAUCUUUUCAACUGCAUUUUUUUAAUGAAGCCUCUAUUAAAUUUUCGAGGGUGAAUAAUUUGAAAUAAAAAUGAUAGUCAAAAGCGAAAUAAUUCCUCAUGCAUUAGAUUUACUUACUCUCUCGCAAACUUCCCCACCCUAUCACAGUGGCAGUCUUCCCUGCAUACGCUUUGUUGCCUGAUGGGAGGCAGAUAGAGCGGAUAUUCCUCGAAUACGUCACUGGUGAGUCUAAAGUUAUAAUGGCAACAUCAUUAUACUGGGGAACAGAUAAUCGAAAAUAAGUCGAAUGAACACAUCAUAUUGUUAGAGUUAAAUCAGUUGAAAAUAAAGAGUGUAUGUAAUAUUGUUUCAUUGUAGUAUAACUUUUAGCAAUAAAAUAACUGUGUCACCUUCCAGCCAAACUAUCACAAGUACCAUUGUUGACAAAUUAGAAUACAGAAAGACUUCUCGGGGUUCGGGACUUUUCUGGUUUAAGAAUAACAAUUCGGCAGGGAAAACUUAUAAUUCUUAAUUUUUUCGUAUGUGUCUGUCGUCAAUUGUUUUCUUUAUUAUGCUGAAGAUUUAAAAACUAGUUUAUCACAAGCGCCAUGACGCCAUGGGGUAUUAGAACAGGGUAUCACAAGAAAGUGAUUUGAGCAGGUACAUAUUAGAAAUUUCAAGUCUCUGCUGUGUUUGGAACAGCUGUGUUCAACUUUUUCAGUUUUACAUCGGUCUUAUGGAGAUUGGCGCUUGUAAUACUUCGACUGGAAGGUGACAAAUUCAGGCUCAAACAUUUUACGAUCAUUCUAAUGAUGUUCAUUACUUAGAGUAUUGAACGCUCAGGGCGUGAAGCAUAGUAAUAUUCGUAGUUUGAAGAUGUUGUGAGAUUGAAAUUUUAAUCAGACACCUCCCCUGUUUGUAGAAGGGAUGUUCCAAUUAACUUUUGUCUAAAAUCUGGUAUGAAGUGUAAAAUUGUUUUCAUUUCUAGGAAAUAGAAACAAGUGAAGACUCCUAGGUCAUCCCUUCAAUUUCAUUUGUGUAAAAGGUUUUUUCGAAAAAAUGAAUGUAAAUAAAAAGAAUCAAUGUAAAAUAUAUAGAAUUUGACCUUUUAUGUAUUACUGCAGUAGGUACUUACCAAUGUCCGAGCGUCAAAACCUUUAUGCCUGACUAUCCUUUUCACCUUUUUCUCAAUGUGCCGCACGUCAGAGGAACUCUUAAUGUUAUGAUCUCCAAGAUUCACCGUCAAUUGGGCCACAUCCCAAGAGCUCAUGCUGAAAAGUAGAAAAAUAUUUCAAUGAGAAUUUAGGCACUGAGAAAAAUCCAUUAUUUGUUCUUUGUCAUUUUUAUAUUCAGGAUGCUCUUGCCACCAAUAGUGAUACCGUUAAAAUAUUGUUAAUGCAUUCAAUCUUCAUAAGCUUAGGAAUUCAUGAAAACACUUAAUUUACAAACCUUUCAUUGAAUACAAAAGUUGUUUUAUGUGGGGAACAGUAACAAUACAUUUUACAUUUACAAAAAGAUAAAAUAAAUAUACAUGGUAAAGUUGAAAAAAAGUAUAAAUACUCUGGUAUAACAAAUUAUCCAAUAAAAUGCAACCAUUUUUUGUUGAAAAUGUA